UGAGCAUUUUAUCUCUGAGAAAUUUUAUUCCAGACUUGCUGUUUCCGCGGCGAGGAGCGGGGCUGUGGAGCUGAGUGUACCUCUGCCGCGCUCUCUCUCUCUCUGCAUUCCUGGCAUUCUCGCGCCGGCGGGCCCUGCAGGUUGAACCAUGGUGAUUAAAGUCUUCAUCGCCUCUUCCUCCGGCUCCAAAGCGAUCAAGAAGCAACAGCAGGAGGUGUUGGACUACCUGCAAGCUAACAAAAUUGAGUUUGAAAGAUGCGACAUUGCAGUGAAUGAUGAAAACAAAAUGUUUAUGAGGGAGAAUGUUCCUGAGAACUGCCGACCCGUCAGUGGAAUCCCGCUUCCGCCUCAGAUCUUCAACAACGACCAUUACUGUGGGAACUUUGAAGCAUUUUUCGAUGCCAGGGAGAAUAAUGCCGUAUAUGCAUUCCUGGGCCUGACAGCUCCACCCGGAUCAAAGGAAGCUGAAGCCAUUGCAAAGCAAGAAGCCUGAAGGCUAAAUUCAUCACACACCAAUCUUAUUAAGGAAAACAUACCAUCCAGUAUACCUUGUCACUGAGAAGAAUUUAAGAGAGGCUAUCUGUGGAAGGCUCUCUCACUUAAUUAAGACACCCAGUAGGCUUUAUUAAUAACUAGCAACUGGGCAACAAUGGACCACUGGGUUUAUGUAGGAUAUGUUAUUGAAUAUUUUUCAUAGCUUAUUUUUCUACCUGGUCAUCUGAUCUGAUUUAUGCAGGCAAUCCAAAUGUUACCAAAAAGGUCACCUAUUGGAUAAAAUUCUUAAUGUAAUUUUUUUUGUUUGUUUCUGCUGAGCUUUAUACUUUUGAUUCUGGCAAUCUCAUCAGAUAAAGAGUUUUUCACUGUAUCUCGGUACAUGUGACAAUAAUAAGCCAAUACCAAUACAACAGCUUUGAUGUUGAGUUAACAUCAGUGCUAAUCGCACUGCUUUGCUCUUCCCCCAUAGCCUUGAUCUUCAUCUGCUACAAAUAUUUAUAGAAUUUUAAAUAAGCUUACUGCAUUCCAUUUCAUGUCCAGAAUCCAGUUCUGAACCAAAGGAGAAACAAAUGUUUAUUUUAUCUUGUGCAUGAAAUGGAGAAUAUCUCUUUUUAAUGAUGAUAAAUAGGAUUGGUUAGAGAAAGGCUCUGAGAAUCUGUAACAUUGACAGAUUAAGUAUGGAUAAACUGAAUCUGUUCAUUCUGAUCUCUGUAAUGUGUGCCACAUCACAUUCUAGUCUAGUGUGAAUGCUUGUUAUAUUAUUGCAGUACAAUGUUAUACAUGUGUGAUUUUUGCACCAGUCCUGAAGUUGAAAGAUGCAAAGAAGCAGGCAUGCAUCUGAUUAUUUUUUUUCUCUAAUAAUUUUGCAUUUCCUUAUGCACUCAAAGUGCUUUGAUAAUCUGAGUAAUUUUAAUUUGCCUUUCAACACAAUCAGAAGCAAAUUGGACAUUUUGGGCUAAUUGUGCAGCAGUUCUUUUGAUUGUUAAAUGGCAAAAAGCAUGUUCUCUUCCCAAAUCAUAUCAGGUACAAAACAAUUCCUCCAACAUUUUCUGCAUUCACCCAGCAGUUAAUGGUUAACAACAAUCAGAUUUCUGCCUUGGUGAUAUUGGAAGUGAUCUUAGAACAUUGUCGUACAUGCAUGCAUACAUACAAAGGAGCAGGAGUAGGCCAUUGGCCCCUUGAGCCUGCUUUGCUGUUCAAAAAGAUUAUGGUUGACCUGAUCUUAACUUCAACUCUGCAUUCCCAUCUAUCCCAGUGAUCUUUCACCUCCUUGCUUAUCGACAUUCUAUCUACCUCUGCUUUCAAAAUACUUAACAACUCUGCAUCUACUGCCCUUUGAGGAAGAGAGUUCCACAGACUCCUGACUCUGAGAGAAAAAAAACCUUCCUCAUUUCUGUCUUAAAAUGGUGACCCCUUAUUUUUAAACAGGAGGAAACCUCGUCUCCACAUCCAGCCUGUCAAGAUUCCUCAAAUUGACUUGAUGCUUUCAAUAAGGUUAUGAAAGAAUCUCCUGAGAAGGCUGUAGCAACAUUUCAUCUUUGUUCACACUCCUUUCCAGUAAAUCCAUAGAUUAUUCUUUUCAUAUUCUACCUUCCCCAGUUUCAUAGUUAUUUCACCUCUGUUUGAGAUCUAAUAGCCUAGUUUGGUAAAAACAAUUUUACAUAUAAUGUAGAAGAAAUUCCAAACCUUUGACACUUUUUAAAAAAAAACAUUCCAGUAUUUAGAGCUGGCACCUUUUUAAUCAAUACCAUUUGCACAUUAAAUGUGCAGAUCAUAUAACAACAUUAGAUUAGAUCCAGGGACCUAGAUAUCAGGAAGAGUAACGAUUUUCCCAGUGCUCAGUUAACUGCGAUGUCCCCACUUAAUUUUUAAAGUCUUAGAUACAUGUUCUAAUUUUAAAAGAUUUCAUUAAAUUCUCCAUUUACUUCCUGAAAUAAUUCUCUUCAAAUGACAUUGGAAAUAUUUGUAGUUCCUUCAAAAAUGACGCUAGACUGGACUCCCCAGUCUGCAACGUCUGUUUCUACCCAAAGUAAACACGAGGCUACAUAGUGUUUGUAAUGCAGAAGUAAGCCAUUCUGCCCAAGGUCUUCUGUUAAUGCUCCAGGUGCCGCCUUCCCCACUACUUCAUGUUACCCAAUCUAUUUGUUACUUAUCUAGAUCCCCUCAAAUUGAUCUGCAGUUUGCUCCAGCUCCAUCUUUUGCUAGAGAGUUUCACAUUUUCAGCAGUCAUGAGAAAAGGUAAAUGGAACACCAAAGAUGCUGUAGGCAGCAACUUUAGCAUUGACAUUGAUGCAAAUGGUUGCAAUGUUUUUGGCUGAGGUAACUUCAUUGUAAAUGUGUUAGAUUUAAGUGGUGGCGAUUAUAAGGGUUGAGAAUGAUGUGAAAUUCUGAGAUUACUGUGCAGUGAUUCAGCAUGAGUGGGGACAUUCACAGAGCCCUCUGGCAGAAUGGUGGGGGAUGCCUGCAACUAACUGAUGCACAUUGGCUGCAGGAUGCUAUCGUACCAUAGUAUGCCAGCUCUUGACAUGUCCUUCGUUGCUGCAUGAUGUUGCAUUGUACACCAAUCUACAGGAAAAGAAAUCUUGUAAGGUCGAUCACCAUGUCUCUGAUUGUUGCAUUUGCUGUUACCAUCAUGUAUACAUAAGAAAAUUAAAAAUGUUACAUUUGAUGCAGAA